AUGGAGCAGAGUGAGCACAGCCUGUCCUCUCUGGGCAGCCAGUGCAAUGGGAGAGAGAGGGGAGCUCCAGAGUUCAGGGAUGAGUGUACCAGGGAGGAGUGUACCAGGGAGGAGUGUAACAGGAAGGAGUGUAACAGGAAGGAGUGUACCAGGGAGGAGUGUAACAGGAAGGAGUGUAACAGGGAGGAGUGUACCAGGGAGGAGUGUAACAGGAAGGAGUGUAACAGGAAGGAGUGUACCAGGGAGGAGUGUAACAGGAAGGAGUGUAACAGGAAGGAGUGUACCAGGGAAGAGUGUACCAGGAAGGAGUGUAACAGGAAGGAGUGUAACAGGAAGGAGUGUACCAGGGAAGAGUGUAACAGGAAGGAGUGUAACAGGAAGGAGUGUAACAGGAAGGAGUGUAACAGGAAGGAGUGGAACAGGAAGGAGUGUACCAGGGAAGAGUGUAACAGGAAGGAGUGUAACAGGAAGGAGUGUAACAGGAAGGAGUGUAACAGGAAGGAGUGUAACAGGAAGGAGUGUAACAGGAAGGAGUGUACCAGGGAAGAGUGUAACAGGAAGGAGUGUAACAGGAAGGAGUGUAACAGGAAGGAGUGUAACAGGAAGGAGUGUACCAGGGAGGAGUGUAACAGGAAGGAGUGUACCAGGGAGGAGUGUAACAGGAAGGAGUGUAACAGGAAGGAGUGUACCAGGGAAGAGUGUAACAGGAAGGAGUGUAACAGGAAGGAGUGUACCAGGGAAGAGUGUAACAGGAAGGAGUGUAACAGGAAGGAGUGUAACAGGAAGGAGUGUAACAGGAAGGAGUGUAACAGGAAGGAGUGGAGGGAGGAGGUUAGCAGGGAGGGUUAA